GACAGCGGCGCCCCUUCGGCCCCGCAGCAGCACCCGGGCCUCCCUCCCUGCCGCUGCGCUGCUGCGAGGACAACUCAUGGGAAAUAAAUAAAUUAGUUGCCCCACUCACCCCCGCGGCAGGGAAAGGAGCCGGCGGCGGCUGCGGGAUUAGAUCCAGCCCAAGCUAGAGACCAGCCUAGUUGGAGAAGAGACAGAGACCAAAGAUGCCACCAGCAAUAGGAGCUCCAGAGUACCCACCUCCAGAUGGAGGCUGGGGGUGGGUUGUGGUGUUUGGGGCUUUUAUCUCCAUUGGAUUUUCCUAUGCAUUCCCCAAAGCCAUCACAGUAUUCUUCAAAGAAAUACAAGAAAUCUUCCACACAUCUUAUAGUGAGAUAGCUUGGAUAUCAUCAAUCAUGUUGGCUGUCAUGUAUGCAGGAGGUCCUGUAAGCAGCAUUUUGGUGAAUAAAUAUGGUAGCCGGCCUGUGAUGAUAGCAGGAGGUAUCUUGUGUUCUUUUGGUAUGAUUGCUUCCUCUUUCUGCAACAGCGUCCUGGAACUUUAUAUAUGUAUUGGUGUUGUUGGAGGUCUGGGUUUAGCAUUCAACUUACAGCCUGCCUUGACCAUGAUUGGCAAGUAUUUCUAUAAGAAGCGUCCCAUUGCUAAUGGAUUAGCCAUGGCUGGAAGUCCAGUGUUUCUGAGCACUUUGGCACCUCUCAAUCAAUUCCUCUUUAAUGCAUUUGGCUGGAAAGGAAGCUUUCUCAUUCUAGGAGGACUUCUUUUGAACUGCUGUGUGGCUGGGUCACUUAUGAGACCUGUUGGACCGAAGACAGCCCCUCCUGUGAAAAAAGAUGUUGAAAAAGGCAAAGGAGAUUCUGCCUUGCACAAAAACAACAAGAAGUCUUUUUGUCAAACUAUAAAUAAAUAUCUUGAUCUGUCCCUCUUCAAACAUAGAGGGUUUCUAAUCUAUUUGUCAGGGAAUGUCAUUAUGUUUAUAGGUUUCUUCGCUCCAAUAGUUUUCUUGGCUCCCUAUGCCAAGCAUAAGGGAAUUGAUGAAUAUUCUGCUGCCUUUUUGCUAUCUAUCUUAGCAUUUGUAGACAUGUUUGCUAGGCCUUCAAUGGGACUUGUAGCAAACUCCAAGUUUAUCCGGCCAAAGAUUCAGUACUUUUUUAGUUUCGCUGUCUUUUACAAUGGUGUCUGUCAUAUCUUGUGCCCUCUGGCAACAAAUUACACUGGCUUGGUGAUAUAUGCUGUAUUUUUUGGGUUUGCAUUUGGAAUGGUCAGCAGUGUUCUUUUUGAGACAUUGAUGGACCUCGUUGGUGCUGCCAGAUUUUCCAGUGCAGUUGGACUUGUCACCAUUGUGGAAUGUUGCCCUGUGCUCAUAGGCCCUCCUCUAGGAGGUUGGUUAGUAGAUGUUACUGGAGAAUACCAGUACAUGUAUUUUGUCUGUGGAGUGAUUGUGACUGUGGCCAGUAUCUGGUUGUUCAUUGGCAAUGCCAUUAACUACAGGCUUUUGGCAAAAGAAAAGAAGCUGGAAGAUGAGAAGCAGAAAGCUCUGAAGAAUGCAGACUCAAAGGAAGCAGAACCAUUAACAAACAAUGAGAACGAAGAUGCUUCCAGCAGAGCUGAUAAAGCUCUUGAAGAUCCUUCAGAAAGAGAAACUAAUAUUUAAUCUGCAGUAUAGCUCAGAAGCUAUAUGACAUUUAUGACUUCCAUUAGAAAUAUGUCUUCAAGACACAGGCCAGGUUUUGUGGUUAUAAUGAUCAGUCACAAUAUUGGAUGGGAACAGAUUUUUGCCCCAUGGCAAGACUCUUAAGUUAAAAUAUUGUCUACAGUUUAUUUAUUUCAUUAAUACAAAUUUGAUGUUACAGAGGUAGUUACUCCAUAUAAAUGAGUCCAUCUAAAUAUGACUCUGGACAAUCAAGAGUCUGGUAAAACAGACUAUAUAUAAUGCCUUCCAAUUACAGUUUUGUUUUAAAAGUGUAUCUAAAGCAAAAGUAUCUCUUACUCUCAUAUGGAAAGAUACUUUGUGUUAACCUUAGAGUAUUGCUAAAGAGUCUCUUCAAAUAAUCUGCCCAAACUGUACUUGCUACUAAUAUUAAAAUAAUAUAAUCUGAAAGAUUUGUUUUAAAAGAGGCAGUGAAUCUGAGUGAAGCACAAUGAAACCUUUUUUCUCUUUUGUAUGCCCACAAGAUCAAAAAGAUACAUAAUGUCUGUAUAAAAAAUUACAAUAUGGAUGUAAAAGCUAAGUCAAGAAAAUGAACAGUUGGUGGGCUGCAUCUCUAAAAUACAAUAAACAGCUGAAUUACAAUAUAUUCCAGAAGUUGUUUCCUCCUGUGAUAGCUGACUACAUAGUACUUCAAUAUGCACAUUAGAACACUCAGUACGUUCAGACCUUGCUAAUUCAAACUAAGCUAAAGUCUGCAUGUACAUAAAGGGAUUUAAAAGCAAGAUUUACAUUGCUAUCAAGAGUGACAGUUAGUUUGUUCAGUUAUGUGCUCCUGUAUGGUGGAAGGAACCAGAUUAAUCUGUGAAGCAUUCCUCCUAAAGGAAGUAGAUUCAGAACCUGCUGAUGUUGAAAGGAUACUUACCCUUGGCUUUUGUGGAUGAGUUUCAGGGCAAUGACUUCAAAGUAGUUGCUUGGGUUUAUUGGCCUCCUCAGAGGAGACUUAAGGUCUAACUUUAGGUCUUUGCAGACAGGUAACUUUAUACCCAUUCUUAGCUCCCUUUCCCAUGUAUUUAGUGAAAAGCUACUUUUUUGUAGUGCCAGUUCAAGCAGAAGUGCUGCAAGGCAUGUUGAUGAUACCAGUCUGAAAGUUUGUACUGACAUAUCUUCGAGCAGGGUAUUUGGUCUUGUGUCUACAAUUUCACACAGACAUUCAUAUCAAUUAAAAUACACAAAAUUGUUCCUCUUCCUUUAUAGAAAGAAAGCAUAGGUCUACAAUUUUACUUAACAGAAAUUAGCAUUGCACUUCAAAGCUAAUAGGGCAAGCUUCUAAGGGUAUUAGGUGAAAAUAUUUCUGAUCUGUUUGUAAGGGAGGAAAGAUGUAAUUUAUUUUGGAGAGAUGCAUACAAAUGCUUCAAAAUCUGAAAAUUAAGAGUCUGAUUCAUAAAACAUCUCUGUGCUUUUGAUACGAUUACAUUUAAUUCAGGGAAAAGACCGUAGGUCAUUUUAGCCCACUUAAAUCUCAAAAAGCUGCAAAUAUUUUGGGCAGACAAAAGCAAAUAGUAAAAUCUAGAAAAUAUAUGUGUGCAUUUAAGAAAGAAUAGUGUCAAUAUUAUUCGCAUCUUCUAAAAAUUUUUGGUAGUGCUUGCUUCUGUUUUGCAAGAUUAUCAUUUUAUAUACUAUGAAAUUAAUUCCACAGUAAUACUGAACUUUUUCAUUCUCUGAGCACUGUUUGGGGGAUCAUGAAUUUACUUGCAUCAAGGAACAGAAUUUAAUACCUACUCGUUACCUAAUUAUAUGCUUGAAAAUCAGACAUCUUCUAUAAGUCCCCUGAUUUUAUAAUUGCAUCAGCAACGUGAUACAUACAUUUCAAGUUUUGGGAGAAAAUGUGGGUCACAUGCUACAUUUGAUUAGUGAUCUAUGUAAAAGAGAGUGAUGCAGUUCCAGUAAAAUUACAGUUCCUUUCCCAGUCUGCAACUUCAAAGGAAAAAUAAGUAUAUUGCAUCUCCUUCUCAACUGUAGCCCUAUCAACACAAGAUGAGGUAGAAGUGUCGCUCUGGUUUUGGCUAUACAAACAUAUAGGGUGAACUUUAGGAUCUGUGAAGGCCCUACAUGCCCAGAGUCAGUAAGUGAUGAGGAUUUUCAUAGGGAGUAAGCUUUCAUGAAGUGAGUAAUAUUGAUUAUAAGUAUUGAAUUUUGAAAGACAAACUGAAAUUUUAUCAAAAGUGUAGUCAUCAGGAAUAUCACUGUGCUCUUGGCAAAAAGUGAUAGAAAGGCAGAGAUUAUUUGAAAAGAGAUUAAUAAAGAGGCUGAUCCAAAUUGACUGUGGAAAAAUUCUAAGUGCUUAUUGUCUCUUUGCAAAAAACAAUGUGAUUAAGGAUAUAGAGUAGAAAAUGAGUGUCAAGUUUUUAUUUGAAUCUUCUAAAAGUUGCUGUUGAAUAAAUAAGGGACUCAGAAGAAAGAUGGUUAAAAAGAUGUCUCAGGAAACAUGCAGGCAAUUUACCUCUGCUACGCAGGAUCACAGAAUACUGUGCAACAUGGCAUAGGAAAUAAAGGAAAACAAGGUUCCUUGAGCCAUAGACACACUUGACCACCAGUAACAAAAAUUAUGUUUCUGUCUCAGAGGAAAUAAAAAUUGAUAUAAGCAUAAACAUCUGCAGAGCUCUUUCAUCUCUGGUCAAUUAUGUGAAAAAAAUAAUACGAGUGAACCAGAUGCUUUACCACCUCUCACCAAGGUGCAAUUUUAUUAAUCCAUAGUGUAAACCAUAGGGUAAAAUGAUAAAUCUAUAGAGUAAUAUGAUGUGGCUGGCAAUUGGAGCAAUAUAAAGUAUAUAAAGUAUGAACUGUACCAAUGAAACAUUUCCUUACAUCUCUUUCCUUAAUUUUCCCCAAUAACACUAGCAAUGAAAUAAAAACAUCAGAAUACUCUUGAUAUUACUAAAUAUUAAGGAAGUUAAAAACCAGAGAUGAAUGAAAAAAAUUGGAACUCUAUCUAUGCAAAAACUGCCUGAAAUUUAAAAGCUCCGUCUUCCAAAUAACAGGUCCUAAAGGGGCAAUUGCCUUGUAUAUGUAGCUCUUAUUUCUAAAAGUAAUAAUAAGAAUAAAUUGCCUUGAAUCAAUUCUUUAGUGAGCAGCAAAGUAGUAAAAUGAGUAUAACUUGCCUUCAAAUCCCUGAAUAUCACUCUUAGUUGCAUAUGCUGUAAUUUGUACUGCAAAUCACUUCAUCAUUACAUUUCUUCUUUCAGGAUAAGACCCAACUAUAUUCCAUCUCUCUGAAUUCCCCUCAUGCCUUUUAAAUACCUUGCCCCUACUCUGAACCAUUGCAGCAUCAGGACUAAGAGAUGCCCCUGCCCUACAAUCAAGAAAUGUGCUCUUAAACUUCAUGACAUACCAGCUGGAUUAAUUAUGCACUAUGGAGUCUGUAGUAUCUCUCAGCCAGUGCAAGCAAAUCCUUAACUGCUCCUAAUAUCAUUUAUACUCGUGUAUAUAUGUAUGUCAUCCUCUUAAUUUCUCUGCCACAAUAUCAUUUAGCCUAAUUAUCAUCCUUAUCAAUAUCACAUUAGCCUAAUUACUUGAUCAAGCAAGAAAAUGUCGAAACUUAAAAUUAGUAAGGAAAGGAGACAACAUAAGUAAUAUUUUUCCUAUUUAACAUCAGGGUAAAAUUCACUGAGAUGUUUUUAUGUCUUUAGGAUUAUUUUAGAUUGUACUCUCUAGUAGCUGGGAGGUUCUUCUGUAUUGCCCUUUCAAACUCCAGAGAAAGACUUCUCACCAGUAAUUCUCAUUACUUUAUCAAGAACAUAUCAAAAGUUCACCCUUCCCACUUUUCACUGUUGAACUAUGGUUGUAGAUUUUCUUAGUUCUGUAUUCUCAUGAAGUUCACAAAAGCAUCUUUUUAUAUGAAGUCCUGUAUCAUAGUCAUCAGACUACAAUCUUUUUAUUUCAGAAGUGUGAUCUGAGAACUGUUUUGACAGUUAGGGAAAGUCUUAUUUUAUCUUCAAAUAGACUUAUUUAUUUUUUAUAGUGCUGUCCUUAUGAGAGAAGGUUCAACUUUACUUUUUUUUCCCACAUAUCAGCAUCCAUUGUGCUUAAGGAACAUUUGACAGUGUGUACUUAAUUGUUUGUCCCAGAAAACCUUUAUUCCUUUUGAAGGUUCCUCGUCGCAACCUCAUUCUCCUUUUUGAUGUAACGCAAAGAUUAUGGGCCUUGAACUUUCUUGUUCUCUUUCCUUAAAUGCUUACGAAACAUUUUCACUUGCUACUUUCAGGUCUGGAUGGUUGUCAGUAUUAGUGGGAGGUAUUAUUUGAGUACAUAAUAAGCUACAGAUAUCACAUACAGACAGAUCUGGGGCAUCCAUCAAGAUUUCACUAAACAAAACCAGUGACCAUUUUUAUAGAUGAACAUGUUGUGACUGAUAUUGAGAAUUAAGAGAAUUGAACUGAGGAAACUUUUGUUAGUUUCUCUAUAGAUGACUAUUUUUCUACUCACCAAGAGGAAUAUAAAGGGAUUUUUAACAUAAUUAUUUUCUGAGGCGAUAUCAAUUUUAACAAGGCUCUCCAGACUAUUUUUUUUGAGUGGGUGCUUUUCAGAUAUUUGUGCAUAUAUAUAUAUUGAAAAUAUUUGUGUGUUUUAUCACCUUUUUGAUCAAAAGUUGCAUAAGCAUUUUUAUGUAAUUUCAACAUUAUUUGCAUGUUGUUGUUUUGCAGUUCAAAUUUUGCUGGUCAUCUACCUCUCAAUUGAAGUUUGGAGACUUGUGUGACCCUGGAAGAAUGUAGUUAAAGAAAAGCAUAAUGAUCAAAGCUGCACAGAGUAUUAGAAAGUCUCCUGAAUUUUUGAAAGUACUAAGUUCUAUUUUUUAGGCAGUGCAUAUUUGUGACAAAAUUCCUGUAUUGGCAUAGCUAUACUAAAUCUAAAGAUUUAUUCCAUACUGGUAUAGGUUUUACACCACUGAACUGGUAUAAAAAUUUAAUGUGCCAUUUAGAUAUUCAAGGUCUACUGCUCUUACUGUGAGAUCCUGACCUUCAGUCUCCUCCCCCCCUUCCAUUUCUGAGUUUGUGUAAAUAAUUAAGUGGAAACAUUACGUAGUUAUCACAUCCACCUUUAAAAAAUAUUACUGAAUACUUUGGACUUUGCAUCCCUAAAAAAA